AUGGACGAUAUCUAUAAAGCUGCGGUGGAGCAGCUCACUGAGGAACAGAAAAGUGAGUUUAAGGCAGCGUUCAAGGUGUUUGUUCAGGAUGCAGAAGACGGCUGUAUCAGCACUAAAGAGUUGGGGAAGGUGAUGAGGAUGUUGGGGCAGAACCCCACGCCUGAGGAGCUGCAGGAGAUGAUUGACGAAGUGGAUGAAGAUGGCAGUGGCACUGUGGACUUUGAUGAAUUCUUGGUGAUGAUGGUGAGAUGUAUGAAGGACGACAGUAAAGCGAAAUCGGAGGAGGAGCUCGCGGAGCUGUUCCGCAUGUUCGACAGAAACAGAGAUGGAUAUAUUGAUAUAGAGGAACUGCGUGAGAUGCUGAAAGCUACUGGAGAGAUGAUCAGUGAAGAUGAUGUUGAGGAACUGAUGAAGGACGGAGACAGGAACAGCGAUGGGAAGAUCGAUUACGACGAGUUUCUGGAGUUUAUGAAGGGAGUGGAAUAAUCUCACACCACACUCCAGGAGUCUCCUGCAGCUGAGCUGAGAUCAAAUUAUUCAUUUCACUUAAAGACAAA